ACUCGUAAAAAAUUUAUACCUAUUGCCAAGUUCAUUUAAUCAUAUUUUAAUCAAACACUUUCCGAUAAGAAACUUUCCUUGGAAUCACAAAUUCUAACGUUUGAAGAAUCAUAACAAGCGAAAGAAGCGGUUGUGCUUUAUAUGACAAAUCGUACUUUGUCACUAUUCUUAAUGUAAAAGGAUACAAUACAAGUCUCUUGAAAAGGUUUGAGGUUUGUGAUGGAAGGUGCUGAAGCAGAGGAAACCUUGAAGGUGUUGGACGCCUCUCUCUCUCACAUCAAAUGGCGUCUUAAAUCUUCUUCAAAGCGUCGUCUCCAAAUAGAUGUUCUGGCUGUCUGCACGAGAAUGAGGCCAGUUGUGAUGAUUGACUAUGGUGGGAAGAUGCCUGAACUGCAAGAAAAUCUUUGUGCAUUUCUUGAGCACUGUCGAAAGGAGUCAACCAUUUUUGAACCGCUAAGAGUAAUGGUUAUAGAAGAUAUGAUAUAUUUGAUACACGUAAAAGAAAUGGCUGAGUAUGUGAGUUCAAGCUUGAGUUUGGAAGUGGAACGGCUAUUUGUGGAUCUAGAACAGGAUCCACCUAAGAUGAGAACACUAGACGACAAAAGUUUACUAGGGAUGCAGCUUAUAUCAAUUCAGAAGUUAUUCUCUUUAUAUUUUCCUCUUGAAGGAAUGAGAAAUGAUCUCUUGCCACCUGACAGGGCAGAACCCAUGGCAGAUUCCAAAUCCUUAAGCGAGCAGAUUGGUUCUCAGUCCUCUGUACUUAUGGAUCUCAGCAGCUGCAUGCAUGACACCGAGGUCACUGUGCCAACUGUAAAUGGAUGGCUUCUUGGUUAUCCAAUAGUGUACUUGUUUAGCAAGGAUCAUAUUGAAGAUGCUAUAUAUAACCUUUCCACAAAAUUUCUUCGCAUCUACAAAAUUUUGGUAUCAAGGACAAGUGCCCCCAAUAAAGGAUCCCAACCAGAAGAAUUAAUGAGUUUUUCAGUUCCCUAUGAACUGAGCAUGAGAGGGAGCAAUGAGCCAUGGGUGGAGACAUUCUUGGCUUGCUUGCAGUCGAAAUGGGGAAGAUGCAAACAAACUUGGAGCUCCUUGGAAAUGGAGGUUAGCGAAUGCUACCCACAAGCAAUUGCCUUAUAGCAAAGGCUACCUCUCUAAUGCCAAUCAAACCCUAGUUCCUUGCUUAUUCAGAAAAAGGAAAAACCCUAGCUCCUUCCUGCCCCCGUUUCAGUGUGCAUGGUCAAUAUUUACAUUAUCCAGCACUGUAUUCAAAUCUAGAUGAAAGAUAAUGGUAAUGUAACGAACGAUAUAAUAGGAUCCAGAUUUUAGUUUUGUUUGUAUCUAUGCUACUGCUGUUUUUCAAUUUCUUUUAGUAGUUUUAACGCCUCUGUUGCAAGUAAAA